AUGCCCCCGCCAGUCCCCGGCCAGCACCGAGCUCGCGCGCCCUACUGCUGCCGUCUCUCGGAUCCUGCUCAUCAGCAGCUGUGGGACUCUUCCCGACGCCGGCUCCAGGAGCCGCACCAGUUUCUCCUUAAGGUUUCCCACCUUCCGUCAGCGCUUCAGGAGAUUCCAUUACCAGGAGGUGGCUGGGCCCCGAGAGGCCUUCAGCCAGCUCUGGGAACUCUGCUGUAGGUGGCUGAGACCAGAAGUGCGCACCGAGGAGCAGAUCGUGAAAUUGUUGGUGCUGGAGCAGUUCCUGACCGUCCUACCUGGGGAGAUCCAGAACUGGGUCCAAGCGCAGUGUCCAGAAAAUGGAGAGGAGGCAGUGACUCUGGUGGAGGAUUUAGAGAGAACGCCUGGAAGACCUGGACUCCCAGUGAGGAAGGGAGUGGGGCAAAGACUGAGAAGUCCUCCAAUGACACUCUGUUGGAAUAUUUUUGCAUGUGGAAUUAUUUUUCAAAUGAGGUUGAAAGCUCUGAAUUAAAUAGUGCUGAAAUUUCUCUUCUGGUGACAGGUGUACACUGGGGUUAUGAAGAGACCAAAACUUACCUUGCAAUUCUUAAUGAGACUCAGUUUUACAAAGCCCUGCAGAACUGUCACCGCGACAGCCAAUUGUAUGGCACAGUAGCGGAGAGGUUAUGGGAAUAUGGCUUCCUUAGGACCCCAGAGCAGUGUCGGAUGAAGUUUAAAAGCCUCCAAACUAGCUACCGGAAAGUCAAGAAUGGACAGGUACCAGAGUCUUGUCCCUUCUUUGAAGAGAUGGAUGCUUUGGUGAGUGCUGAGGUUGCUGCCCCACCCAGUGAUGGCCAGGGAACCAGAGAGGCUGAAGCUGAGAAGCAAACUGAGGAGGCAAAAGAGACUAGAGAAAGAUUCUGAUGAUGAUGAAGAGGACAUUGAGAUCCCCCCACCCCCGGGGCUGUCAUAACCCAUGCUCCUGUCUUAUUCCAAAGCCCCAGUGGUAAGACUUUUAAACUUCUU